ACGUCAGUGGUUUUAAGAUACAGUAGUGUGUGUUGCAUAUCGGAUAGUACUUACUACUACUUACUGCUACUUACUAACAAUUGAUGGAAAUGAUGCACUGACCUUCACAGUGUUGGGGGUAAUGUUUAUUAGUUGAGUGGUCGUGUGGAAAGUGAGGUUAAAUUUUAGCAACCUGUAAAUACAGUUUAAAUUUGGUUUUAAUUUAUUGUGUUAUUGGAUCUCUAUGUUACAAGUGAAAUUGUACUAAUGGCUUCUUACUGUACAAACGGUGCCUUAUUAAAACUUUAUCAACGCACUAGUGUAUACAAAAAUUGGAUUAAUUCAUCAAACUGGCACAUAAGAAAAAAUGUAAAAUCUGUUAAUUUAGUUCCCAAAAGAGAUUUAUCAAAAAAUGAGCGAAAUUCUGAUCAAUUUGAGUGGAAGGGAAUUUUCACUAGAUUCGUUCCAGUAGGAAUUUGUCUAAUCGCUGUCAUGCAAUGGCGUUCGUAUCGAAAAAAAUCAGCAGAACGUCUUGCCAAUGAAUGGGAAAUCAACUGUUAUUGCAUGUUACCUUUGCGAACAGUAUCGCGUUGUUGGGGAUGGAUUGCAGACAUCCAGCUUCCGGAGUUUUUACGACCUUUUAUAUAUGGUUUGUAUGCUAACACUUUUGGUGUUAAAUUGUCGGAAGCUUUACAUGAGGAUUUAAGGUAUUAUCCAAGCCUGGCGGAUUUCUUUGCCAGGCCAUUGAAAAAUGGAAUUCGGGCAAUCGACCACGCAAGUGACUUGGUUUCACCAUGUGAUGGCACAAUUUUGCACUUUGGCACGGUCCAUACCAAUCAAGUUGAACAAGUGAAAGGCGUAACAUAUUCAUUGGAAAAUUUCUUGGGUGCGAAUACUUGGUUAAACAACAAUAAUGGUUCAAAUGAUUAUAGAGUUUCCCUGCUUCACCACACUCACCGCGAAAACACUCUCUACCAAUGUGUUAUUUACUUAGCUCCAGGAGAUUACCAUAGAUUUCAUUCGCCCGCUGAAUGGAAGCCCACGCUCAGACGACAUUUUCAUGGCCAACUUUUAUCAGUGAAACCUACAAUAGCCAAAUGGUUGCCUGGGUUAUUCUGUCUAAACGAACGCGCAGUCUAUUUGGGAACCUGGAAGUAUGGAUUUUUCUCAUAUGCUGCUGUGGGUGCUACUAAUGUUGGAACCGUGAAAGUUUAUUGUGACAAAAAUCUCCAUACCAAUCACCCUAAAAAUACUGGACGAUGUAAAGAUUUUUGUUUAGGUAACAAUGUUGAGUUGAAAAAAGGAGACCCGUUUGGAGAAUUUAGGAUGGGUUCUACUAUAGUUUUGGUAUUUGAAGCUCCAGUUGGUUUUCAAUUUACUGUUUUACCAGGAGACCACGUGAAAAUGGGACAAAGCUUAGGAAAAAUUGAACACCAAAAAUUCGUUGAUAGAAUCCAGACCUCAUCAAAAGAUAUUCCUAAAGCUAGUUAACACAAAUAAGUAUUAAAGUAAUAGUUGUUAAAACUAAAUAAAUUUUGUAUGUUUAUUGUGAUAUUUAAUUACAUGUAGGAGUACACGAUAAUUCUGUGCACCUUCAAGUAA